ACCUGCUCUGCCUAGCCUGGUUAACGGUUCCUGUGUUGACAUUAUUCAUCAACAACUUGCAAUAAUGACACAGGUGGAGUAAGCGCUUUUAACGUCAUGAUGAAGUAUCUGGUACUUGUGACCUUUUUGGCUUCUUGUUGGGUCAAUUGUGCGAUUAAAUCAAGGGCCACUGAGGAAGAAACACGGGAAAAUGACACAGAGUUCGAGGCUCUGAGCUCAUUGCUGUCUGACUUUGAGGUGCUGCCCGUGUCCGGCCUCCAGCAGCACUCACUCAGGAAGAGGGACGUCCACACAGAGUCCCAGCUGGAGCGCAUUGUCAGCUUCAGUGCCCUCAAGAGACAUUUUAAGCUUUACUUGACAACUAACACAGACUUGUUCACUGAGGACUUCAAAGCUGUGUUUGUAGAUAAGCAAGGGAAGGAAGACCGCUAUGAUGUUCAGCUGCAGAACUACUUUACUGGACAUCUUGUAGGCGAGGCGCACUCCCGUGUUCAGGCACACAUAGACGGGGACGAGUUCUCGGCCCACAUCCUGACAGAGGAGACAGAGUACAACGUAGAGCCCCUUUGGAGGUUCACCGAGGUGCCCCCCGAUGGCCGUCUGUUGGUAUAUCGCUCUGAGGACAUCCGGAACCUCAGUCGCCUGGCCUCGCCCAAGGUGUGUGGAUACAUCCACGCUGGGGCCCAGGACCUGCUACCAGAGGCCGCCAGAGGUGGAGAGGCACGGGAGGAUUCCCUCCACAGAGAGAAGAGAGUGACCCACAACCACAAGAAGAACACCUGUCCUCUAGCCCUGGUGGCCGACUACCGCUUCUUCAAACACAUGGGCCGCGGAGAGGAGAGCAUUACACUUAACUACCUGAUUGAGUUGAUUGACAGAGUGGACGACAUGUACAGGAACACAACCUGGGAUGAUGAGUUUACAGGAUACGGUGUUCAGAUCCAACAGAUCAUCAUCAACAAGGAGCCGACCAGAGCGCCGCUUGGCCAGGCUGGGCCGGACUGGACCCACUACAACAUGAAGGGAAGCCCCAUCCAAGGCAAGGAGGUGUGGGACGUCAAGAAACUGCUGGAACAAUUUAGCACGGACAUAGCGGACAAUGCUAGCACUGUGUGCCUUGCCCACCUGUUCACCUAUCAGGACUUUGAUGAAGGGACACUGGGCUUGGCUUACGUGGCCCCUUCUAAAGCCCAGGCUAUGGGGGGCCUCUGUCCUAAACCUUUCUUUCCAUCUAGUUCCGUUAAGAACCCCAGUUUCCUCAACACUGGUUUAACCAGCACUAAGAAUUAUGGCAAAACCAUUCUAACCAAGGAAGCAGAUUUGGUGACAACCCAUGAGCUGGGCCACAACUUUGGAGCUGAGCACGACCCUGACAGCAUGCACUACUGCGCCCCUAGCGAUGACCACGGGGGCAAGUUUGUCAUGUACCCCAUCGCUGUGAGUGGGGACCACUACAAUAACAAGCGUUUCUCCGACUGCAGUAAGAUCUCCAUAGGGAAGACGCUGCGUCUCAAGGCUCCCAUCUGCUUCAAGGAGAGGAACAGCAAGGUGUGUGGGAACUUGCGCGUUGAGGAAGGGGAGGAGUGCGACCCGGGCCUGCUGCACCUCAAUGACGACCAGUGCUGCUCCGCCGACUGCAAGUUCAGGCCCGAGUCCCAGUGCAGUGACAGGAACAGUCCAUGCUGUAAGAACUGCAAGUUUCAGCAGGCAGGCAAGCCGUGCCAGGAGCCAAUCAACGCCACCUGUAAGGGCAUGUCCCUCUGCACAGGUAAGAGCAGUGAGUGCCCAAACCCAGACAACGCUCCGGACAAUACCAUCUGUGUGGACAGUGGGAGGUGCAGCGACGGGGAGUGCAUGACCUUCUGUGAGGCUGUGCAGAACCUGCAGCCCUGUGCUUGUAAUGAGCUGGUCAAUUCGUGUAAGGUCUGCUGCCGGGACAAAAAUGGCACCUGCACUCCCUUUGUCAAAAAGGACAAGAACUUCCUGUAUCUGCGCAAGGGAAAACCCUGCACCGUGGGCUUCUGUGAUGAGGGCGGCAAAUGCAUGAAGCAAGUCCAGGAUGUGAUCGAGAGGUUGUGGGAUUUCAUCGACAAGCUGGACAUCAACACUUUCGGGAAGUUCCUGGCAGACAACAUCGUGGCCUCAGUGGUGGUGUUCUCUCUGGUUUUCUGGAUCCCUCUCAGUAUCCUGGUGCACUGUGUGGAUAAAAAUCUGGAGAAGGAGUAUGAGAACACCAAGCCCAGCAAAGCAGAGAUGCUGAGCAGCCUCGAGACGGCCUCUGUCGUCGUCAUCAAGCCAUCUACGCCUCCAACCUCCUCCUCCGGCACUCGGAUUCUUCUCCACUCCCUCCCUUCUCUACCCCCGACGGGCCCACCUGCCUCAGGCAGCAUCAGUGCCCCAGGCUUGGCUUCUGGCCCGGGAAGUGGGGUGGUCGUGGUGGGGGAGGGCCCACGGAUGGCCACCAUACAGGAGGAUCCCAGCUGCGAUUCUCACCUCGACCCGGAUGAAGACGACUUCCCUCCACCCGGAGGCUCCAACGCCACCAAGUCGUCUUACGAGGACCCGACGGCAGAGCGGAGCACGCCACGGUCGGGCAGCCACGACAAGCCCCGCCUCGAGGCAAACCUGUAUGGUGAACAGUAAAGAGUUCCAGUGCUGAGGGAACAUGUUUGUAUAUAUACUCACAUACACACAGCCAUGGGCAUGUACAUGCAAACACACGUGUGUACACACACAAUUUUACACGAGGGAACAUAGUCUAGAGUAGAUAGAUACAUGCAUACAGACACACCACAUAUAGAAGAAGCAUGCAUACAUGACUAAACUAUAGUACACACACACUGUUAUAGUACACACACACUGUUAUAGUACACACACACUGUUAUAGUACCCACACACUAUAGUACACACACACUGUUAUAGUACACACACACUAUAGUACACACACACUGUUAUAGUACACACAAACAUCCACUCCUAGAAGGGACUGGAAUACUGGUUACACAGCACUGGUUGGGGUUCAUAGAACAACACCAUUUCUAGUAGAGCUCUUAAAUAAAGCACUGUGGAGUGCUAGAUUUUAUAAGGUCAAUUUGGAAGACUCCCAUACAACCAAAACUGUAGGUGUUUGUGAGUAGUAGUGCUCUGAUGAAAGUGACUGCAGUUUAGAAUAGCAAAGAUACUGAAUGAUUUGUGUGUGUUGUGGGGAAGAAAUAAUCUGUGCCUUGUUAGUUUCAAGAGUCAAAGCCAAGUGCUUUAUUUGGCACCACUCACUCCAAUACAGGCCAGACAGACCGAUACAGGCCAGACAGACCGAUACAGGCCAGACAGACCGAUACAGGCCAGACAGACCGAUACAGGCCAUACAGACCGAUACAGGCCAGACAGACCGAUACAGGCCAGACAGUCCGAUACAGGCCAGACAGUCCGAAACAGGCCAGACAGUCUUUGGAGUUGUUAUUUUCAAUGACUUGACUAACAGCUGUCAGAAUGGGUUGAUUGAUUGACAGCUGGGCCAGUUGAUUUACCACUGCCGCGACUCUAUGGCUAUUGGUUACGCAUGUGGGUGGGUUAGAGUGCCAGUGUUAAAAGGAAUCAUGCUACGGUCAAAUAACUGAAAAAUGUGUUAAUUUAAAUGUUUAAAGGCCCAGGUUAAAGGCCCAGUGCAGUCAACAAUGUGUUUUAUAUGUAUUUCCACACUGAGGUUAGAAUAAUACUUUGAAAAUGAUGAUAUCCUUUUUAGUGUGAGAGCUGUUUAAAAAGAUGGCCUGAAGUGUCAGCCUGUUUUGGUGGGAUUGAGUUUUGGCCUGCCUGGCAGUUAAUUAGUUAAUAGUCCAAUAGCUAGUUUUCAGUUUUCCCCUCCCUACUCAGACCACACCCAGACAGUCCUAGCAAAAUUCUUAAGUAUUAACAGUAAAUAGUUUCAAAUUCCUUAUAUUAAGCAAAGCACAUUUUUUAGGAUUGUUAUUUUUAUUAUUUACAUGUUUUACACAGAUAGCCAGGUGCACACAUUACUUACAAAUGAAGCAUGUGUUUAGUGAGUCCGUCAGAUCAGAGGUAGUAGAGAUGACCAGGGAUGUUCUCUUGAUAAGCUUUCAAACUGUAACAAGUACUUUUGGGUGUCAGGGAAAGUGUAUGGAGUAAAAAGUACAUUUCUUUAGGAAUGUAGUAAAGUAAAAGUUGUCAAAUAUAAAUUGUAGCGUACAGAUACCCCUCAAAAACUACUUAAGUAGUACUUUCAAGUAUUUUUUUACUUUACACCACUGCCCAAAGUAUUUGAUUUGAAGUUGGUGUACAGAACCGAAAGUAGGAUGCAAAAAUGAAACUUAAGAACAGGAAGCAUAGAAAUAGCGCACCUAGGACAGAUCUACUGCUUCUUAGACUUGCUUUCAAUUAUGACAGAUUUGUAAACACUCAUUUCUAUGUGAAUUUGGACGGGUUGCCUUAAAAACGAAUAUAUUGCAGCUUUAAUUGUUAGCCAGAAAUGAUUAAUAAUGACUGCAUUGGACCUUGUUAAUGUCAUCUUUCCAUUGUCACGUCAGUAAGACAACGUUUUUAAUGAUUUGCCUUUAUUUCUGAUAUUCCCAUGUUUUUUUACCUUGUUAAUUGGUUGUGAAUAUGUUUCUAGUCCUCCUUAUCACCAUGGUUUGUCUUCCAAGUUUGAACUUCAUCUGUUUGAAAUUUUGGCAAUUAUUUUGGGUGAUGCCUUACUACAUUACUACUAUCGACAAAGUCAUUCAGCUGUGAAAUGGAUGCCAAAGGGUAUUGUUAAAAAGUUUCUAAUGUUGCAGAGGAAUGCAUUAUUUUCUAGUAAUUGCAACCAAACAGGCACUGAGUGUCAGGCUGUGUUUACACGGGCAGUAAAUUUCUGAUCUUUUGCCAUUAAUUGGUCUUUUGACCGAUCAGAUAUUUUGCCCAUAAUUGAGCAAAAGAUCAGAAUUGGGCUGCCUGUGUAAACGAAGCUAGUAGUUAGGCUGGGUUGGAUACUUGGUCAAAUCGGAGCGCUUCAUCGGACCUUGGCCUACCGAACAUCAAUUUAUCUGUUCUACUUUAUGUCUCCACUGAAGUAUUGGUUCUGUUUCAUUUGUAGUGAAAUAAUGAUGAACCGUUUUGAUAUUUGUGUAUGGCCUUAUGCUGGUACAAUGGGCUAUUAACCUUUUCAUCUUCAAUCUGAAGUUUGCAAUUCAUGCAAGUCAUUUAUUUGACAAUUUACUCAAAACAUUGGAUGAUGAGGGACUGUUAGAGCAGUGCAGACAUUCUAUGCAAUCAGAUGUUUCUAGACCAACUUCAGUUUUUUUUUUAUCUGAAAAAAAGACUAGUAUAUAUCUCACCUCAUUUCUCUAGUUAUACAGUGGCUACAGAAAGUAUUCACACCCCAUUCACCUUUUCCACAUUUUGUUGUUACAAAGUGGGAUUCAAAAGGUUUAAUUGCCAUUGUCCAAAGAAAAAAAUGAAUGAAAAAUCAAAUACUAAUAUCUUGAAUAAGUAUUCAACCCCCUUAGUCAAUACAUGUUAGAAUCAACGUUGGUAGUGAUUAAAGCUGUGAGUCUUUAACAGCUUUCCACACCUGGAUUCUGCAACAUUUACCCAUUUAAAAAAAAAAGUAUUCUUUUUUUUUUAUUCUUCAAGCUCUGUCAAAUUGGUGGUUGUUCAUUCCUAGACAACCAUUUUUAGGUCUUGCCAUAGAUUUUAGGUUACUCAGGAGCAUUCAGUCUUCUUGCUAAGCAACUCCAGUGUAGACUUGACCUUGUGUUUUAGGUUAUUGUCUUGCUGAAAGGUAAAUUAAUUUCCCAGUGUCUGUGGGAAAGCAGACUAAACCAGGUUCCUCUCUAGGAUUUUGCCUGUGCGUAUCUCCAUUCAAUUUUGCGUAUCUCCAAGUCCUUAAAGAUUACAAGCAUACCCAUAACAUGAUGCAGCCAUCACUAUGCUUGAAAAUAUGGAGCGUGGUACUCCAAACAACUUCUUGUCCUGAAUACGAAGUGUUAAUUGCUUUAUCACAUUUAUUUGCAUUAUUAUUUUAGUGCCUUGUUGCAAACAGGAUGCAUGUUUUGGAAUAUUUUUAUUCUGUACAGGCUUCUUGUCACUCUGUCUAUUAGGUUAGUAUUGUGGAGUAACUACAAUGAUGUUGUCAUCUUUAGUUUUAUCCUCUCAGCCAUCAGCCAUUAAUCUCUUAACUGUUAUAAAGUCACCAUUGGCCUCAUGGUGAAAUCCCUGAGUUAGGGAGGACACCUGUAUCUUUGUAGUGACUGGAUGUAUUGAUACUCCAUCUAAAGUGUAAUUAAUAACUUCACCAGGCUCAAAAGUAUAUUCAAUAUCUUCUUUUUUAUUUUUACCCAUCUACCAAUAGGUGCCCUUUUUUUGGAAAACCUCCCUGAUCUUUGUGGUUGAAUCCGUCAGCGAUGACGUAGUCAUUGAAAAAUCAUGUUGCACAUGCCACUUAUGUGACUUAUGCACCUUUUUACUCCUGAACUUAUUUAGGCUUGCCAUAACAGGUUGAGUACUUAUUGACUCAAGACAUUUCAGCUUUUCAUUUCAUUAAUUUGUCAAAUAUAUUUUUGGGGACUUGUGUGUAGGCCAGUGAUGAAAUUCAAUUGAAUCCAUUUUAAAUUCAGGCUGUAACAUAACAAAACCUGGAAAAAGUCCAGGGGUGUGAAUACUUUCUGAUGGCACUGUAUGUCCUGUAAGCAAAGGGAGUAUGUCUAUCACCCAGCUGGAACUCAUGUUUACUAAUGUUGCCUGUUAGCUGGCAUGGGAAGUGUUGUCCUAAGCACCACUUGGUGUUGGAGUAUUCGUGUGCCAAUGAUAAAUUAAUACAUAUCGGCUUGUGGAACGUUACGCUAAAAUAUUGUUUUAUAUUGUCUGUUCACCGUUUCCUGUAUAUUAGGCAAUAAGUACUUCUAUAUGUUCAGUCUGAUGAAAGGGGGAAUAUGUGUCUUGCUUGUGGGUCAAGGGCAUUCUGCAGCUUUGCUAUGACUUUGGACUAGUAUGGUCUGGAUACAUCUUUAGCAUGUACCUAAGUCCAUAGUAUUAGCUCUGUUGGAGAUGUGAGGGGGAAACUCCUUGAAUCACAUAUUUGUCCUAUGUUUCAUUUCCAGGGUGUAUUAAAUUAUCUGGAUGGAUAAAUAAAUGCCUCUAUGCUAAUAAAUGUGUACACCAACUUGAAA